AGAUUCUUUACAUGGCCUUCAGUGAUCGUACUGCUGAGUUUCAAAGCCAUGUCAUCGGCGUGCAGUGUAUCAAUCCUCCAUUGAAGCGAAGAAAGGACAAUGUCACCAAUGACGCGAAGGACCAAGUCGUGUUCGAGAAGCAAUACCUGGUGGAAGCAUAUGCUGUGCUCAAGCACAUAAAUACGCUCUCUCGCAUGUUAUCACGUAUUCGCAAACCGUACUUGAACGUUGGGUCGGACCGUGUACCACUCUCUCGACAAGGCUCGCGAGCUAUAGACAUUGAGGACAACCUGGCAGACAUACGAUACCUCUCAAACGAGGAGAGGGAACAAGUUGACAUACAAGCCCGCGCAGUUCUAUCCCGAUGUGCUGACAGAAUAAAGGAGAUGGAACUACUUGAGAAGCGGCGAGCUGAGCUCGCAUCAAGCUCUUCUAAUCCGCUCUCGCGCUUUAUUCCAAAACGUUUCACGCAGGAUCCGUCGGUUGUAUUGUCAGACUUCACUGCCGCCCACCACUCCAGCAUAACCUGGUAUCUCAGCCGGAGACUCACAGAGGCUGCACAGAUGCAGAAGGACAUGCAAGAGGAACGUAUCAAACGCCAGCUGGAGCGUUCGCGCACUCUAGGCUCGAGUGCAGCCUCAGAGGCAAUGUUUAUGGAGUCGGCAGACAUGCAACGCACCCUGCAGCCUGAGCAAGAAGGCUGGUUCAAUGGGGCAUCCUCGGCAUUUGUAUCAGGUUUUGCGGUUACGCUUGGUGGGUCGAGAAACCAAGCCGCAUCCGACGUCCCUUCAUCAUCACGCGCUUCCUCCUCUAAAGACCUUGACGACGACGACGACGACGACAUAGAGCUCUCACAAUCCCAAAUACUUGAAUUUGAAACUGAAAAUGCCAAUAUAUUGCGUUCAGUUCAAGAUACCCUCGAGUCCGUACAGCAAGCGGAGGCGCGGUUAAUGGACAUCAGUAACCUACAAAUGGAGUUGGUUACACAUCUAACGAGACAAUCCGAAUUGACGGAUCAAUUAUACGAGGACGCAAUGGCUACUACGUCAACGGUAGAGAAGGGCAAUGUACAACUUAGAGAGGCACGGAGGCGAGCUAAAGACAGCAGACUAUAUAUUCUUGUCUUCCUCAUUGGCGCUAGCCUUUCGCUGCUCUUUUUGCACUACUAUUAAAUUUCUGAUUUAACGGAUACACGUACUGCAAACUGUCUCAAUCUUAUCCAAUACGGUAGAGUCAGACAAUUCAUU